AUGGAGGUUUUGGUGAAAACUGUAUCUGGGAAGACAAUUAAACUUGUGGUUGAGAGUUCUGACCCAAUUGAUUGUGCGACGGUCAAGAUUGAUGAGGACACGGCUAUUACACUUGAUGUCCAGAAAGAGCUAACUGAUCCAUUUGAGAUAAUCAUAAAGACCCUUGAUGCCCAGUCUUUUACACUCGUUGUAGGGAGUUCAGACACUAUUCGUAGUGUUAGAGCUAAAAUCAAAGAGAAAAUUAAAGGGUAUCCAGACGUUGACGAGCAACGAUUGAUAUUUGAAGGAAAACAGCUGUGUGACGAUUCUCAUAUUCUGAAGGAUUACCACAUUCAUAAUAAAUCCAUUAUUCGUCUUAUUCCUCGUCUAGGGGGUGGAAGCUCUAAAAGGAAAAGAUGA